AUGGCUUGGUGUAUCAUCCCGGAGGGAACGUCGUCGUUGUCGUCGUCGUCAUCCUCCGGCUCAGACAUGGUCCCCUUCGAGGACAUUCUCGUCCAGGUGAGGGGGACCCUGGAGGGGGCGUCUCCCGGGGACGUCCAGAGCCUCCUAGCGGAGCUGAUGGAGGCCAGGGUCCUCUCCCGGGACUACUGCCUGUCCCUCACCCAGGAGAAAGACGUGGAGGACCUGGUCCGGAGAAUUUCACUGCCUGUUUGGCAGAAUUGGGAGGCAUGCCACGCCGCUGUAGGCUCAGCGCUCGGCAGGGUGCAGGGCCGUAAGGCUUCGGGAAGCCCCCUCACCGGCGAUUUGACAGAUGAAGAGAGGGACUGCUUCUCCCCCAGCUAUCAUCCUUUGGAGGAUGUGGACUUCUGUAAAAUCAUGGACAACUUAAUACAGUCUCUGUUUGAUGGUCACCAAGGAAGUUCUACAGGUGAUGCAGUCGCAGUGCCAGCUUCCCCAGCCAGUUCGACAGAAGGAGAAAACCAGGAAGUGCAGACUGACACCCCUGUUCGCCGAAAAAGAGGUGUAUCUGCUGACACACCUUGCGGAGAUGCAAAGAGAACAAAAAGCAGAAGCAGAGCUCCCACAGCCCGGCGGGGGCCAAAGACAACGAAGGGCAGAGGCAGGCAGAGCAAGCGUCCGCAGAAAAGUCAUUGCGAAAGCACCACAGCUCCAGAGACCCCUGCGAAGAGGGUCCUGACCUUCUCAGCCUCUCCAGGAAAAGUUCAGAUCAGCCCAAAUGCCGUCCUGGUCCAGCACGUUCCCAUCACCCCUUUUGGGAAUGGGCCGAUCUUCGCCCCUGCUGCCGGUGGUUCUCCAGUCCAGGUAAUCCAGACGUUUGUUCCGCAGCAGGUGAUUAGCAUUCCUGUAUCCAGCACCAUGGUUCCCGGAGGCCCCACUUAUGUCUUGGUGCCAUCACCUACUCUGACUGCCAGUCCCCAGAUCAUGCCACAUUCUCCCGUUGCUGGAACUGUAGUUCCCCCAGAUCUUGUGGUCUCCACCCCUGUGAGUUCCUCUUCAGAAUGUGCAGACAAAGCACUCUCUCCAGCACCCACCCAGUCCCCUGCAACAGAGAUUCCCACGUGCAAAGAAUCACAAUCCUCAAUUGCGGUUGCACCUGAACCAGAAAAACCCAAAUGCGUAGAGGACUACAUAGAAAUCUGCAAGGCCCACAUGAGAGACACUUUCCAAAUCACAGACACGGAGACCGGGAUGACAUGUCAGUCUCUUUACGUCGAUGUCCACUUGGUCCAGAGGCAAAUCCAGCUCAAGUCCGGGAGGAAUGCGAACAAGUGCCUGGAGAAAGAGCUGGUGGUCCUCAGUGACGGAGACAGAAGGAGAGCCACACUCAGCAGGGGACAGGUCUUUGAGGACGCGGGACAGAAGCCAAACCGGUCCAUUGCUCUGCUGGGGAGGGGCGGUGUGGGCAAGACCGCCAUGAUCCAGAGACUCUGCCUGGACUGGUCAAACGGUGACCUCCCACGGUUUGAUUUCCUCUUCCUGCUGGACUGCAAGGCCCUGAACCUUCCGCAGGCCAGCUUUGGCCUGAGGACCUUGCUCUUUGACCUCUCCGCCUCCCCUCCCUGCAAGGAUGUGGAUGCGGUCUUCCGACAUGUGCUCUUUGCCCCGCAAAAGGUGCUCAUCGUAUUCGACAGCUUCGACGACUUCAAAGACUACGAUGGCCUCCUGCAAUCCCCGGCCACUAGCAACACUAAGGACAGCUACAGCAUCAAGCAGCUGUUCUCUGGGCUCCUUCAGAGGAAGCUGCUUCCUGGGUGCACGCUGCUGGUUGCUGCUCGCCCAAAAGAGGUCCUCAACCAGUUUUUGGGGAAAGUGGACAGGAUUGUGGAGGUCUGCGGCUUCUCCCCAGAGGACAUAGAGACUUACGUGUCCAGGUAUUUCAAAUGCACCUCCUCCCAGGACAGGGCACUGAAAAAACUGCGAAACAAUGGCUAUGUCCUUAGUCUGUGUUGCAACCCGUUGAUAUGCAGGUCUGCAUGCUUCCUUCUGGAGCAUAUGGACUGCAACAAGACUUUGCCCUCGACAUUGACGGGCCUGUACCAGGAAGUGAUGUACCAUAGGCUACACAUGAGUGGACAGAAGGCACAGCCUACAGCGGACCAACUGCGGGCGGUGGUUCCGAAGCUGUGCAGCAUGGCGUGGGCAGGGGUGAAAUCCCACAACUCCCUCCUGACUCCAAAGGAGCUCGGCUCUGGGGAGCUGAAGGACUUCGGGGUCAGCAGCGGGGUGCUGGCCCCCCACGUCCUGAAGGACGGCAAGGAGCAGGCUGGCUAUGGGUUCGCCCACCUGCUCAACCAGAACUUCCUGGCCGCCUCACACCUGGCGCUGAGCAAGGACUUGAGCGACAAGGCUCUGGUGGGCCAGACGACGGGCCAGCCGAAGAAGAGGAAGCUGCAGGCUGAGUGGCUGGAUGCGACGCACCGCUUCGCCGUGGGGCUGCUCUUCCAGAAGAGGGCGCUCCUGCAGGACUGCUUCCCUGACGGCGGGGGCACUAACUUGCUGGCCAAGAGGAGUGCAGUGGCGGCACACCUCAGGGGCCUCAAGCCCUGCGACCUGAGUUCCGGCAAGCUGCUGGAGCUGUGCCACUGCGUCUAUGAGGCGCAGGACACCAAGCUCGCCAGGCACCUGCUGAAGAGCAUGCCCGAUUCCCUGUCCUUCAACGGCGCCCAGCUUGACCCCCCAGAUGUCUUUGUCCUCUGGCACCUCCUGCUGAAAGCCAAAACCGUCAAGAGGACCUUCUCCAUAAACCUGCAGGAGACCGGCAUCAACAUCUCCGGCCUGAAAGAGCUUCUCGGCCUGAAAUGUGUCACUUCUUUCAGGGCUUCCAUAGGGGAUACGAUAAGAUUGUGGGAAGAUUUGCACAAGGUGAACGCAGAGGGGCUUCUGAGGAACACGAUGGCCAAAUUCACCAUCAGCCCGUUCAAAGCCACGCAGCUGUCUCAUGUCGACGACCUGGCUCUCCUCGUCCAGAUCUGCAGAGACAGAACACUGCCUUUCAGCGACCCCAGCUGUUCAGAGCCAGUGCUGGACAAAGACUCCCUUAACAUCCCAGCUGUGAGGAACCUGCGGCGGCUAGACUUUGAGUUGGGUCCACAGAACGGUCCUGCGGGCUUCUCGAAACUAGUGACAGUCCUCCCAGAUCUACGCUGCCUACAGCACCUGGACCUGGAGGACAACAAGAUCGGAGAUGUGGGGGCCAAGAAGCUAGCGGAGGUCGUGCCUGCUCUUUCCUCGCUCGAAAUGCUCAACCUGUCACAGAACUGCAUCGGAGAUGAGGGCGUGGCCAAGCUAGCACCGGCGCUGUCCUCCCUCCCCUCCCUGCUUCGUCUGAGUCUGUACAGUAACCUCAUUGGUGAUGGUGGAGCAGAGAACUUGGCAGCGGUCUUGCCUGAGAUGAAGUCGCUGACAGAUCUGGACGUGAAGUACAACAAGUUCACAGACUCGGGGGCGGUGAAGCUGAGUGAAAGUGUGAGGGACUGCCCAUGGAUGAAAUCUGUCGGAAUGUGGAAUCAUUAUAUUCCCCACGGGGUAUUGGAGCGACUUAAACAGCAGGAUUGCAGGAUCAGAACACUGUAG